ACACAGUCGUCAAGUUUUAUCACGUAACGAUAUGAACACUACGACCUUUACUGAACAGUGAGAUAUUUGGAUAUUUAAUUUUUUGUGGCCAUUCUUUAAAAUAUGGAUAAAAUAAAUGCAGAUGUAGUGAUUAUUGGUGCUGGUUUAUCGGGUCUUGCUGCUGCCUACCAUUUAUUGGAUCAACAGGAUUCCUUGAAGAUAGUUGUUUUAGAAGCUAAAGAUAGAAUUGGUGGAAGAAUUAAAACUGUUCAGCUAAAAUCAGUCGGUGAUUGUGUUGAUUUAUGGGAUGUGGGUGGAGAAUGGGUUGGAAGGGCACAGGUCCAUCUUCGGACUUUACUGCGAAAGUUGAAUAUGGACAAUUUUAUGCGGACGGAAGCAGGGGCAAUUACACCAAUACCAUGGACCACACAACUUGACCUUAAGUUUUUAAUGUGGAAGUUAAAAAGAUUAAAGAUCCUAAUGGAACAUCACCAGAAGUCAAAUGAUUCAGCAACAAUGAAACAAUUGGAUGAAAUAACGGUGGAGAAUUAUAUUACAGAACAAGUGUGGACAUCCGGUUCCCAAAGUGUAGUUGAUUCUGCAUGCCGUUGUAUGUUUGGUUUGGCGCCAAAUGAAAUGAGUCUACUCUAUUUCUUAAUGUAUAUUGAUUCAGCAGGCGGCUUAGACAAGGUGACAAAACCAAAUGAAUACUCAGGGAAGGACUAUAGAGUCAAGGCAAGACUGCAACAAUUAGCCACAAACUUGGUCCAUAAAAUAGGAAGCGUCAAGGUUUUGCUGAAUCAGGCAGUAACAAAUAUUGUUCAGAAUUCAGAAAUGGUUGCUGUUAUUACCGGUAAUCGUAUCCAGCUAUCAUGUCGACGAGUUAUUUUGGCUUUGCCUCCGCAUCAAAUUACAUCCAUAUCCUUUACACCAACUCUUCCACCAGAACAGUUAACUUUAUUACAGAGUGUACCGUUAGGAUUUCUAGUUAAAUUUGCUGUGACGUACGAACAGGAGUUUUGGGAUGGUGGUAAUAAUGGGCAUUUCGGAUUCCAAAACGUUCUGGAAGAUCCUAAGCUAGGAGCUGUUGGAAUUGUUUAUGAUGCUACAUCAUCAAAUGGUAAUCCUGCUCUUGCUGGUUUCUUGUCACCAGUAAAAGGGGAUCAAAGCAAUGACGAAGAAUACGAGGAAAGGAUUCUCGGUCUAUUGGCAUGUAUCCUAGGUGAUCCUGCCAGGAACUAUAUUGAUAUAGCAAUAAAAGAUUGGAGCAAGGAACCUUUCAAUGGUGGUUGUUUUCUGAAAUCUCUUAUUCCAGGAACCACUAACUAUUUAAAUCAAGAUCUCAGAAAACCAUUUGGAAGGGUCCAUUUCGCGGGAACGGAAACAGCUACCGCAUGGUGUGGAUUUAUGAAUGGUGCCGUUCAAUCUGGUUGCAGGGCCGCAAAUGAGGUCCUGGAUAAUUUGUAUCCUCAAAGUAAAAAAUCAAAAGAGCUGGAACUAGGUGGUGGAGCACGCCAAGAUAUUAACAUUAUCAAAUCAAUCUCAAUAGUUGUAUUUGGUGCGGGACUUAUAUCUGUUGCCUUUUUAUUAUUAAAAUCUAGUCGAUUUUCACCCGGGUAUACAGUUCCCUCUACACAUAUACGUCUACUUUGUGAAUAAUUGUAUAUACUUUAUAAUUAAUAUAAUGAUGAAUACCCCAAAGCAGCAGGGCCCUCUAAACGCAUGGGCGCGCUGGGCAGUUGCCUAUCUAUGUAAGUUGUGAUUUGCUGUUUUUGGGGAGGCAUUUUUUUCAUGUUUAACACGGAUUUUGUUGUAAGUAUACAAUAAAUAAUAUACACUUUUCA